AUGCUGUUCACCGUGCUUUGUGGCUUGGCGUCCUUGGUUGCGGCUAUUGCAAUUGCCGCAGGCAAAUACAGCGUACGCAGAAGCCGAAAAAAUGUUAUAGCGUCUCUAAACCAACAGCAUGUUGUAAUAAUCACCGGAUGCGACUCUGGCCUUGGCUUCAACCUGGCGCGCACGUGCUUGCAGGCCAGCAUGACGGUGAUUGCGACAUUCGUCAACGACCAUUCGGAAGGGCGUAGGAAGCUCAUGGAAAUGUCUGAAUCCGGUGGUCGGCUCAUUCCACUUGUACUUGACUUGACCCAGCAAUUCGGCAUCUGGGAUGCGCACGAUGCUGUGAGAAAUAUGUUCGAAACAGAGCUUCGUGACUGUCGACUGUACGCGAUUGUGAACAACAGCGCCGUGAUGUGUUUCGGCGAAGCAGAGUGGCAGUCGGCUGCCAUUACCAUGAAACAGCUGUCGGUCAAUCUGAGUGGUCUGCUGCGGUUUACGAUACCCCUUUUGGAAAUAUUGAGAAAGGACCGUGGCCGGCUGGUAGUCGUCACCAGUCAUUGCGGUCAGCAGGCGCUUCCCGGAUUGAGCGUUUACUCAGCCACUAAGGCAGCCCUUCGCGCCUGGUGUACCGCUGUGAGAAUUGAACUGGCACCCCAUCAUACGCCGGUGGUCGAGCUUGUGCCCGGCUCGUUUCUGCUUCACUCGAACAUUUGUGCCGAUCAAGUGGAAUUCUUCGACAAAAUGUGGUCCAACAUGAAGCCCGGGCAACAGCUUUAUUACGAGACCUACUUCCGGCAAUUCCGUGAUUACUUGGCGCCACUGUGUAGAUCACGCCCGAUCGAACCGUUUCCGGCUGAAGAUCCUCUACUGGAAUGCAUCCAUGGCGCACUGUUCGAUAAGCAGCCGAAGACGAUCUACAAAUGCGAAUCGUGGCGCUACUGGGUGUACUACACCGCAUUCGCUCUCGCGCCGAGCUUUGUGCGCGACAAACUAAUCCGCCGUUUUCUAGCUAUGCCUGAGUACAGUACUGACAACUAAACACAGUCCGAAGUCUGGCGUAUAAUUUUCCAGACUGUUGCUGUAACAAUUUUACCAAUUUUUCAUUUUUCUCCUUCAAUGUAAGGGUACACGCGCAGCUCUAUGCGAAUCUUCCAUUGUGCAAAGCAAUGCAGCUGGUCAUCUUUCGACAGGCUUUUGAAUAGCUGCGCCGAUUUUGGGUUUGCGUCCUGUAACGACUGGUGGUGGGUUCCUUUCAAGCAGGUUUGAAUUUUUGAGAACAGGUUCAAGCCCCACUGUGCUAAGUCUGCUCAAUGGUGCAGGUGUUCCAUAAAUGUGACCCGGUUUUUGGCCAAAUGGUCCUUGACAGAGUGAGUCGUCGCGUUGUCUUGAAUGACCAAGGAGUUUU